AUGAGCUCUCUUCGAUUUGCACGGGCUGCCCUCCGGGUACGUCCCACCGCCAUUCGCAUCCCUGCUGGUCGCAGAACCUACGCCGACGCUGUCGCCGACAAGAUCAAGCUCUCCUUGGCUAUGCCUCACCAGAACCUCUUCAAGUCCACCGAUGUUGUCCAGGUCAACAUUCCCGCCGAAUCCGGUGAGAUGGGUAUCCUCGCCAACCACGUUCCCUCUAUCGAACAAUUGAAGCCCGGCCUUGUUGAGGUUAUUGAGGAGAGUGGUAGCACCAAGCAAUUCUUCCUUUCUGGUGGAUUCGCCGUUGUUCAGCCCGACUCCCGCCUCAGCAUCAACGCCGUCGAGGCCUACCCUCUUGAAGACUUCUCCGCUGAUGCUAUCCGUUCCCAGAUUGCCGAGGCUCAGAAGAUUGCCAACGGCAGCGGCAGCGAGCAGGACAUUGCUGAGGCCAAGAUUGAGCUUGAGGUUCUCGAGACCCUCCAGUUGCACGUGAAAUAG